UUCUUCUUCACAAGAAGAUGAAGAUGAAGGAGAACAAGACGCAGAUAACAUUGAAGAGGAUCGUCUCAAGUCAGUAACAUUAUCAGCAUCAAAUAAGGACCUGGAUGUGGUGCCAUCGCAAAUCGAGAAUUCUUUCGUGAAUCGACGCACUUUCUCAUGUCCUCGCGCUCAUCCCACUCUUCACACUGGUGAUUCUACAGCCGAUCUCUCCCCAGAGGAUAUUGAUAUUAUUGGCGCACUCGGCGAUUCGCUAGCUACUGGGAAAGGUUUAUGGCCCGGAACGGACAUAGAAUUUCGAGGUGCUUCAUUUCCGAUUGGUGGAGAUGCGACUAUUGACGGUCUGGUGACUGUACCAAACAUACUUUUGGAGUUCAACGAACGAGUUUUCGGUGUAUCUCAUGGGAUGGGCCAACGUUCCGAACUGCCUGACGAUCAAUUUAACUGCGCUGAAAGUGGAGCAAAAACUGGAAAUAUCCCUGAACAGGUUGGCAGUCUAAUGAUCAAUGGCUGA